CGGCUGUUCUUGAUGUAACAGCGAAUUAUUACACUUCGUUACAAUGCACAGAAAAGUAAUACAGUAAAGUAUUUUACGAGUUUAUCAAUAUAAAACGAUAUUUCUUUAUAUUCUUUAAAUAAGUAGUGUUCCAGUUGUGCAGCGUUCCAAAUUGUUACGCGCGAAUCUUUUGAAAAUCACAUACGUGGGCAACAGGUGGAUUAUAUUUUGUGCGAAGUAAAGAGAGGCGUAUUGCAGUGAACGCAUUAAAUCGAUACAUUUUUUACGUGCUCGUCGUACGUUUAAGAUAUAUUAAUUGUUUAUAUAGAGAAAGUAUCUAGGAAAAAAAUAUAUAAAAAAUGGAUUAUGAUUACUUGAUCAAGUUUUUGGCUCUUGGGAAUUCUGGAGUUGGAAAAACUAGUUUUCUGUAUCAGUAUACCGACGGUACUUUCAAUUCACGUUUUGUUUCUACAGUUGGAAUUGAUUUUAAAGAAAAGAGAGUAAUAUAUCAGAUGCCGGAUGGAAGUAGCCAAAGAGUACAUUUGCAGCUUUGGGAUACGGCGGGUCAAGAAAGGUUUCGAAGUUUAACCACGGCUUUUUACCGGGAUUCUAUGGGUUUCCUAUUAAUUUUUGAUCUGACCAAUGAGCUCUCCUUUCUUGAAGUUAGAAAUUGGCUGGAACAGCUUAGGAUGCAUGCAUAUUGUGAAAAUCCAGAUAUAAUCCUCUGUGGUAAUAAAUCUGAUCUUGAGGACAAGCGAGUUAUUAGCGAGUAUAAAGCACGUGAUCUAGCAGAAAAACAUGGCUUGGUAUAUUUGGAAACUAGCGCUGCUACUGGACAAAAUGUUGAACGUGCAGUAGAAAUUCUGUUAGAUCGUGUUAUGCGCAGAAUGGAAGUUACAGUAGAUAAGUCGUUGCUACCACAUCAAAAGGUUUUGAAGUGUCACGAGCGUGAGACACCACCUCCUAGUAGUUCUUGUUAUUGCUGACAGUGUGAUUUUGCAUAGACAGUCAGAUAGUUUGACUGCUAUUGCAAUUGGAGGUCUCAGGGGAAAAAAUAUUUCCUUUAUUCUCAUAGGCUAACAGACCGACAUUUAACUUAAUUACAAGUCAUUCAAUUCUGGGUAAAAAAGGUUGUGACAAAGGCAUUUAUUCAGAAUUUUUUCUGAAAUUUAUCAGGUAUGUCUCGAGUUGUGAAUAUUAAUAUCAAUAUUCUAAGCUAUUGCUUCCUAUAAUGUACAAUCCCAUUGUCUUCCAUGUUUCUUCCUUGUCAUAUCAAUUUAUCUCUUCCUUUAUCAUAUCAUUAUAGUAUGUAUUAUCAUUAUCAUAUAUACAUAUCAUAUAUAUUAUAUAUAUAUAUAUAUAUAUAUAUAUAUAUAUAUAUAUAUAUAUAUAUUUGUUCUUAAAUGAAUCUUUCUGGUACAUUUUUCAUUCCUGCUUCCUUGAUAUCUUUUCCUUGAAAUCUUUAAAAAUAAUGAUUUAACUUAUACCUCUAUCAUAAUAAUAUGCACAAAGUGUUCAAAAAGUCAAUCUUUCACCAUGUGUCAAAAGUGUGAUAUAACUAUUUCAAAGAAAUUUUCAAAUUUACGAAUCUUCAUAUAUGACUAAAUGUUUUUAAUGCUGUUAUUGUAUGAUAUUUAUUUAAAAUUAUUAAAUAUAAUCGU